UUGGGGCGGAGUGAGUGGGAGAAGGUCCUUCAGUCAGGAGUGUGACUGUCUACACGAGGCCUUCGCUUGCCAUGGCUGGGCCCCUGAGGUGCCUGAGGCGGCUGCCUCUCCUGCUCCGUGGCCCUUCCUUGGGAGCCGCAAGGCCAUCCUCCCUGGCCCUCUGGAAGAUUCAGGGCCCUCUGCCGCACGGCUGUCCAGGAGGCUGGGCCUCUCCGUUGCUGCAGGCCAGGCAUCUUGCAACCAAGAAAACCAAAGUCAAAGGGAAGGGCCAGACCCGAGUCCACAUCAAUGCCUCUUUAGUGGAGGACAUCAUCAGCUUGGAAGAGGUCAAUGAGGACAUGCGCUUUGUCCUGAAAGCCCUGCAGGAAGAUUUCAGCAAGACGUUGAACAUCAGGACCUCACCCGGGACUCUUGAUCACAUCGUAAUCGCAACCAAGGAUGGGAAGUUCCCUUUGAACCAACUGGGACAGGUCUCCCUGAAGUCUCCACAGCUCAUUGUUGUCAACAUGAGCAGCUUCCCAGAGGCCACAGCUGCAGCUAUCAAGGCGAUCCGAGAGAGCGGAAUGAACCUCAACCCGGAAGCAGACGGCCCCAUCAUUCGUGUGCCCGUUCCUAAAGUCACCCGUGAACACAGGGAGAGUCUGGCUACAGUGGCCAAGCAGCUGACCAACAAGGCUAAGGACUCCCUGCGGAAGGUGCGGGCCGGGGCUGUCAGCCAGACCAAGAAGGCCAAGAGCACCGCCUCUGAAGACACCAUCAGGUUGAUAGAAAAGCAGAUCCAGCAAAUGGCAGAUGACGUCACAGCCGAAAUGGACAAGCUGUUGGCAGCCAAGACCAAGGAACUGCUGGGCUGAACCCAUGCCAGGCUCUUGUGCUGAUUGCAGAUUCUCCAUUGAAGAACCGAGGCUUUGCUCUGAAUGCCAGCUCUGCGAUUCGGUAUCAUGACGCAACUCGCUGCCUGACAGGUAGACUCUAUACACCUACACACCUGGGUCAGUUGUGGGUUCGAGGGAUACCUACACCUGAUCUCUAUUUUUUUUGGGGGGGGGGGAACCCAAUCUACAGAGAGAAGCAGAACAGUGGCUGUGUGUGUCUGUCUAGGUGUGAGAUGGGGAAGACAGGAAGCGCUUGGCACCAGACUCACAACUGAACAUUGUAUGCUUCCAAAGAGAGGUGAUUGCUCCCCUUGUGAGCUCUUGGCAGUGGAGAGAACAGUUUGGAAAGUGGGGGGGGGGGGGAACGCCUUGUGGAAGACAACAGCUCAAUUGCUUUUGUGUAAAGGAGAGCCACGGCGGCUCCUUGAUUGUGCGCUUUCUGGAUUGGUAUCAAACAUGAAUUGUGCAGGUCCACCGGACGGGGAUUGUACAUCUUUGACAGUGCGCUGUUGCGGAGUGGGGAGAGGGACGCUGGCGCAUAAUGGCCUGCCUCCUCCGAUAUUCAGUGUUGAUUAGAGACGCUUUGGGGCUGGAUUGCCAGGAGCUUCAAGUGGGUUUUUCUUUUUUUAAUCACUGGAGAAGCUCAUUACAGCUUCCCAGUGACUCUUAGGUCCUCCAGUUCUCCUUUCAGAUUAGAGCCCAGAGUCGGGGAUGAAUAUUGGAUGAUUUCAUUACAUACAAAUGCAAUCAACAGUUUUGCAUAAAAUUUCUCCUCUUUUUCUCGAGUUUCAAUUGACCCCAGCACCCGUGGCGGUAGGCGCAAUACAUAUGCAAAUGAGGCCGAACAGAAGGCGUGAAAAAAAUAGAUUUAGAUAUAGAUAUAUCGGCCAGCAAAAUGGGGGGGGGGGCGAGAAGAUCGACUUGGAGACAAAAUAUUGCUGCUUAGGGAGGAAUGUCUUCAAGGCCUCGGUUAUGUUUUCCCCCUCUGUGCCUCCUCUGUCUUGGGAAUAUGCCCCUUGGCUCACUUGUUUGAGCUAGCAAUUGUGAAGCUUGGGAAAUGUUCUUUCUUAAACUACACUUCCCAGAAUCCCCAGGUGGCACGGUGCCUUUUGUGUGGCAAGCAUUAUUUUAAAUGUUUAUUGUACUUUAGCUUGAAUCUUUCCCUUCUACUGUAUAAAUGUCUUCACUGCCUUGAGCCUUCUGUAAAUGGAGUGGCUGGUUAAAAAAUAUGGAAAUGAACCUGAAAAUAUUUGGGCUAGCUGUACCCCCCCCCCCAGUCAGUUGGCAACCUUUGGAAGGCACAAAAGCAGGGCCAGAUCCAAAAAGGUGGUUAACCUUGUUUGCUUUCUGCCUUUGAACAUCUAUUAUACCUCCUGGCAGAAAGUGAGAUCAAAUCAAUAGUUGUUUAUUUAAUGAUCAUAGACCAACAAAUAUGAAACUAAACCCCAACUGUAAGACAUUAAAUCAGCAUGGAUCUAAUCCUGUUCUCCUCACAUAUACAACCUUUUUCUUUUAAAAAGCAAAUAUUUCAAUUUUUAAAAAAUGUAUAUUUUAAUGGUGGCUGGAAAUGGCUCGAUUAUUCCCUCUCCUCAGUCAGAACCAGGUUCCCUGUUCUUUUCACUUUCUCACUCGCUCUCUUCUUAAGCAGGUGAUGUUAAUUAUAAAUUAAAGAACUAGCAGAGGAGAAAUUGGUGGGGAAGGGAAAAGAGAACUUGUCGUCAUUAAGACAAAAAGCUACCUAGCCUGUAAAAAUAUAUCUACUUUCAGGAGCCUAAUUUCAAAAAUCAUAUACAUAUACGCUCUGGCACAACCACACUCUUUCCAAGAGGAAUAGGAAAGCAACCCCAUGGCUUGCUUAUUAUAUAUAUAUAUAUAUCUUCCCUUUGCCAGUCUCAUUAAUGGGCUAAUUAGUGAAAAAGAACCUAUUUUUGGCUACUGGCGCAGGUACGCUUUCCUUUGUCCUGCCUACCUGCCGUGACACCCACUCUUUCUCUCUCCCUUCCCCAAACAGAGACCCCAUUCUGAAGCAGUUCUUAUAAAAUAAACUCUCUAAUCAGGUAAGUGAUCCCAUACGCUAAAUUGCUACCUGGCAGUUGCUGAGUAAAACUGGUUUAAAAAAAAAAUACAUGGGUUUUGUUCUGAGUAUUUUGGAAGAUGGCAUUUUGAGAGAAUUUGGGACUCCCCUGGGGAGAAACGUACUUUUGCAAAGCAUUGUUACCCCGUGUUUAAAUUGCCUUUGGGAGAUAUGGGGGCAAAAGGAACAGGUGGUAAUGGGGCAUGUAACAGCCAUCCACCGGCCUGAGAGGCAAGGGACUCCGCCCUCCAUAACAG